GAGUGAGUACGUGGCGAGAAAACGGCGCAGAGUAGACAGCAUCGACGAGAAGCUGAAGCAAAGAUUUUUUAAUAACUACUCAUCGCAACAUCGACGAUCUUAUCAUCAUUUCGAUCUUUAAUCUCUUUUCUGCCGGCUGAGCAGCUGGCCGAAACCUGUCGUUUUUGUUUUUCGACGCGUCGUUAGGCCCGAGCGGCUACUGCCAACAUGGCUUUUUAAAAGGCACUAUGCGGUAACUGCAAUGGCAAUGCAUCGGGGGAAAAACUUGCGCUCCAGCGUCCUCGCAACUGCCAAGCAGUUGGGCUCCAAUACCCCUCGCGGUAUACCAUCGAGCCAACCGGUACCGCUGCUGCUGGACCGGAGGAAGCUAACGUUAGUCACCAGCUAGUUGAGCGCAAGGCCCCAGAGCGAUUCCAUCCAUACGUCGUCUUUUUUUGUAAAAGUCGUGUGAAACAAGCAACAUGAAGCCUCAAGACAUCCUGGCAGCCAAGAGCUGCAGCGGCAGCAGCCUGUGGAUCUUCGGCUACGGCUCGCUGGUGUGGAAGCCUGACUUCAAGUACAAGCGGAGCAAAGUGGGCUACAUUCGAGGCUACAAGAGACGGUUCUGGCACGGAGAUAACUUCCACCGCGGCAACGACGAGUUGCCCGCAAGAGUGGUGACGUUGAUUCCAGAUGAUGACGCGAGCACAUGGGGUGUGGCCUUCGAAGUGAGCGGCACCCAAGUGGAGGAGGCCCUUGAGUACCUGAACGUACGCGAGGGAGUCCGCGGUGGCUACGUCAGCGAGAUUGUGACCUUCCAUCCAGAGGAGGGUGGCCCGUCUGUACCGGCUCUGCUGUACAUCGCCACCGCCGACAACCCCCUGUACCUGGGGCCCGCCGCCCCCGAGGAGAUCGGCGCCCGGAUCGCAAUGUGCGAGGGUCGCACGGGUCACAACCUGGAGUACCUGCUACGGCUGGCCGCCUUCAUGCGGACCAGCUGCCCGAAAGUGGAUGACCAGCACCUGUUUGCAGUGGAGGCUGCGGCGCUGGCCAUGGUCUCCUACAUGUUGGAAAUCCAGUAGCUCAUGCAUACACAACUAAGACCUGUCUACUAGUCUGUUUCAUCAAUAAGCAUCAUUGCACUGUAACACUGAACCUUAUGUUUUUUUUAAAAAUACAGUUUUGUUUAUGCAUUACUGGUCAUGUUCAGGCAUUUCAACAAAUGGUAUCAUUGUGGAAAUAAAAUCUUGAAAAAAGCUA